AUGAGCACCAACGCGAAUAUAAAACCUUAUUCUGUCUUUUCUCGUACUUUGACACUUCUUGCCUUGAUUGCGUCUCAUCAAUUUCACUCCAUUCUUGCAGGUGUAAUAACCUAUGAAGCUAACUGCGACACUCUACUAGAUUCUGAUACUAAUCAGUGUUGUGGUCCCAGUACAGCUUCUAACGUUUGUUUUGAUAUUGGUGGAGGCGCGGGUGCUGGUACUGCAUCCGUUGCCAAAGGGUCUUGCAAAAAUGAUGACGCAUGUCGUGAUGCUGGCAACGAUGGACAAAUAUCCAUUGGUGGAGGCAGUUGUAUUGGUAGUGAAUCGUGUAAUCGGGCUGGCAAUGUUAAUGGACAAGCAACCAUCGGUGGAGGCAGUUGUAUUGGUAUCGAUUCGUGUACUGACGCUGGCAACAAUGAUGGACAAGCAACCAUCGGUGCAGGCAGUUGUACUGCAAGCAAUGGAUGCUCUGCUAUUGGCAGUAAUUUCGGCAACGCGGUCAUUGGAAGCGGCAGCUGUACUAAAUCAUUAGCAUGCUUGAAUGCUGGCAGUAGGAGCGGCGCUGUUACAAUUGGAGACAACAGUUGUACUGGUGACCGCUCGUGUCAAGAUGUUGGUAUAAGAGGUGAUACGGUUACUAUUGGAUUCAAUAGUUGCACCUGCGAUGACUGUUGCAGAUGCUUGCAAAACGGAGACAAUAUUCCAGACAACUCCUGCAACGGCUUGGUUGAGGAGUGCUGUUUCGGCCCAGGGGGUAAUACAAGGAGGGAUUCCUUCAUUUCAGGCUUGUCCAACGCCCCAAGUGUCGCCCCAAGCGGAGACCCAAGCACCUCCCCAUCAAUCACUCCAGAUAGUGGUGGCGGUGGUGGCGGCGGUGGCGGCGGCGGUGGUGGGAAUAAACCCAGGGGUCCCUGGGGCAGUGAUCCAAACAAAAUGAAGUCCCCUCCGGCUCCUGUCACCCCCGCAAGUGUUCCAUCUGAGUCUCCUUCUUCUACGCCUACAGUGCCUGCAACUUCCGACACACCUCCCCUAGUAAACACAAACCGCCAAUCAAAAAAAAGCCAAUCACGCGCUGACUUAUUACGCGGAACCAAGCUUUCAGCCAAAAAAAGCGCGAGAUAG